AAUUGUUAAAAAUAAUGGACUAUUAAUAAAGUGAACAAAUAAUACAUUGUUAUAAUAAUAACAAUGAAUUUUGAAUACAUAUAUCGAUACAUAUGGCCGUUCACUCGACUCAGGCUCCGGUCGUUUCGGGAAUUGGCGCUAAUUAUCGCCACAUUUAUGUGUAUAUCGCUAUAUCUGACCACUUAUUUGUUUGACUCGUCGCCACCACUACUCAACCGAUCCUUCUUUAAUGAUGGUCUGCCCACCGCUUUUCAACAGCCGGUGCGCAACAUAUUAUCGCAAUUCAACAAUAAUUUCAUGAAUAGUCAACUGAAAUAUAGCCCCAGUUUUGCAGCUUCUGGUUAUCAGUCGGCCGUCGAUCAAAGAUUACACAAACUUUUGCGUGAAAUAUAA